GACCUUAUUUUUCUAUUUAUCCUUUGCUUAAACGGAACAUGGUGUCCAACUGAAAUCAUUAAUCUUCUUCACCAACACAAGAAUUUGUUUAAACUUUCUUCUACUCCAUACUCUGCUUCUAUACCUUAUUAUAUUAUAUAUUCUGCAAGUUGACUUUUUUUAAUUCUUUCCUGUGUUUACACUUCCCCUUUCUGCUUAUAUAUUAUGUAUAUAGUUUUUGAGCUAAUUGCAGAUCAAACAUGAUGGGUAAAGGGAAUAUGCAGGUUAUAGGGUUGAGGUUGCUAGUGAUUUUGUGGGGUUUGUAUACUGUAACAUCUCAUGGGGAUCAACCCUUUUCCAAGAUUUCUAUACAUGAGACUGUGUUUGCUCUUGAUGAUGCAGCUUAUGUUAAAGCAUCUCCUUUGCUUCUUGGAUUAAAGGGUCAAACCUCUGAAUGGUUGACUGUAACACUGCACAAUCCAAACCCGUCGAUCGAUGACUGGAUUGGUGUAUUCUCACCUGCAAACUUCAGUGCUGCGAUAUGCACACCGGAAAGCUCAAUGAUCGCUCCUCCAUUAUUAUGCACUGCACCUAUCAAGUUCCAAUAUGCAAAUUACAGCAAUGCUAACUACAGAGACACAGGAAAAGCAUCGUUGAAGUUUCAACUGAUCAACCAACGAUCUGAUUUCUCUUUUGCAUUAUUCACCGGUGGAUUAUCAAAGCCGAAACUUGUAGCAGUGUCAAAUUCUGUCGUUUUUGCAAAUUCAAACGCACCAAAUUAUCCUCGUUUAGCUCAAGGAAAGACUUGGAAUGAAAUGACUGUAACAUGGACAAGUGGAUACGGGAUUGAUGAAGCAGAACCUUUCGUUGAAUGGGGCCGGAGAGGUGAGGAGAAACAGCAUUCUCCUGCUGGGACAUUGACGAUUGACCGAAAGAGCCUUUGCGGAGCACCUGCACGAACCGUUGGUUGGCGGGAUCCUGGUUUCAUUCAUACUGGAUUCUUGAAGGAAUUGUGGCCCAACUCAGUGUACACUUACAAACUGGGCCACAAACUCUUAAACGGUUCGGUUAUUUGGAGUCAUGUUUACCAAUUCAAAUCAUCUCCUUACCCUGGUCAAAACUCGUUACAACGUGUGAUCAUAUUUGGAGAUAUGGGAAAGGAUGAAGUUGACGGGUCAAACGAUUAUAAUAAUUAUCAACAUGGAUCACUUAACACUACCAAACAACUCAUUGGAGACUUGAAGAACUACGAUAUAGUGUUCCAUAUUGGAGAUAUUUGUUAUGCCAACGGGUAUCUCUCACAAUGGGAUCAAUUUACCGCACAAGUUGAACCAAUUGCCUCUGCAGUACCUUAUAUGGUUGCUAGUGGCAAUCAUGAGCGUGACUGGCCAAACUCAGGAUCUUUUUACGAGAACAACGAUUCAGGAGGCGAAUGUGGUGUUUUGGCUGAAACCAUGUUUUACGUUCCUGCUGAGAACCGAGCAAAGUUUUGGUAUUCUACAGACUAUGGAAUGUUUAGGUUUUGUAUUGCUGACACAGAACACGACUGGAGAGAGGGAACCGAACAGUAUAAGUUCAUCGAGGAGUGUUUUGCAACUGUAGAUAGACAAAAGCAACCAUGGCUAAUCUUUCUUGCUCAUCGCGUUCUCGGGUACUCUUCGACUUCAUUCUACGCUGUUGAUGGAGCGUUUGGGGAACCAAUGGGGAGAGAAAGCCUUCAAAAGCUAUGGCGGAAGUAUAAAGUUGAUAUCGCCAUUUAUGGUCAUGCACACAAUUAUGAAAGAACUUGUCCUGUUUUUGAGAAUACGUGCACAAGUAACGAGAAGCAUGCGUACAAGGGAAGCUUAAACGGGACUAUUCAUGUGGUGGCGGGAGGUGGCGGAGCAAGUCUUACAGAGUUUGCGAAUAUUAACACUACUUGGAGUCUAGUAAAAGACGUCGAUUAUGGGUUCCUUAAACUCACGGCGUUUGACCGUUCUAACCUUCUGUUUGAGUACAAGAAGAGCAGCAACGGUAAAGUUUUCGACUCCUUCAAGAUUUCUAGAGAUUACAAAGAUAUAUUGGCUUGCACAGUUGAUAGUUGUCCUACCACAACCCUGGCAUCUUAGCUUCAAAACUUGUGUCUCCGUGAAUAUUACACCUGGUUUAAUUUAUUUGAUUCCAGUGUACAAAUCUCAGUUGGUUGACUAUACUCUAGCAUACCAACUUUAUAAAAAAAGGUGAUCAAGUAUCAAGAUGAAGGCCAAUUUCUUUAAUAUGUUUGUGUGAAAAUAGAUUAUUUAUUUUGGAUUAUAUUAUUUGCUUCCUUCAUUGUCA